AUGAAAUCAUUUGGUUCACCGCCAGCGGCCGUAAUUAAUGUGACAGCAGCUGUUAUGGUUUUGUUAGCACCAGAUGGUAAAAUACCAAAAGAUCGUAGUUGGAAAGCUUCAAAAGCCGGUAUAAUGAGUAAAGUUGAUUUAUUUUUAGAUAAUUUAAUUAAUUAUGACAAAGAAAAUAUUCAUGAGAAUUGUUUAAAAGCUGUGCAAGAAUAUUUAAAAGAUCCUGAAUUCGAUCCUGAAUUUAUUCGUAAUAAAUCAACAGCAGCGGCUGCUAACCGUUUAGUUGGUGGUUUAGCAUCAGAGAAAAUACGUUGGGCACAACAAGUGAAACAAUAUAAGGAACAGGCCAUUACAUUACCUGGUGAUAUUUUAUUAACUGCAGCAUUUUUAUCUUAUGUUGGCUGUUUUACAAAACGUUAUCGUACUGAACUACUUGAUCAACAUUGGAUACCGUUUUUAAAAUCAAUUAAUCCAUCAAUACCGAUUACAGAUGGUUUAGAUCCAUUAGAUAUGUUAAUUGAUGAUGCAGUUAUAGCUGCAUGGAAUAAUGAAGGUCUACCGUCUGAUAGAAUGUCUAUUGAAAAUGCUACUAUUUUAACUAAUGCUGAACGUUGGCCAUUGAUGAUUGAUCCACAAUUACAAGGUGUAAAAUGGAUUAAAACACGUUAUGCGAAGGAUUUAAAGGUAAUACGCCUAGGUUCAAAAGGUUAUUUAGACCAAAUUGAACGUGCCAUAUCGUCUGGUGAUACAGUUUUAUUAGAAAAUAUUGAAGAGUCUGUCGAUCCUGUGUUAGAUUCGUUAUUGGGUAGAAAAACAAUUAAAAAAGGUAGAGCAAUCCGUCUUGGUGAUAAAGAAAUUGAAUACAGUCCAGAAUUUCGUUUAAUUUUACAAACAAAAUUAGCUAAUCCGCAUUAUAAACCAGAAAUGCAAGCACAAACUACACUAAUUAAUUUUACUGUAACACGUGACGGUUUAGAAGACCAAUUAUUAGCUAGUGUUGUCAGUAAAGAACGUCCAGAUUUGGAACACUUAAAAGCUGAUUUAACACGACAACAAAAUCAAUUUAAAAUUACAUUAAAACAAUUAGAAGAUAGUUUAUUGGCCAGAUUAUCAGCGGCGGAAGGUAAUUUUCUUGGAGACUAUGCACUAGUUGAAAACUUAGAAACAAAUAAACGCACAGCUAUAGAAAUUGUGGAAAAAGUUGCACAAGCUAAAAUUACUGAAGUUCAAAUUAAUGAAGCACGUGAAUUAUACCGUCCAGCAGCAUGUCGUGCAUCAUUAUUAUAUUUUAUAUUGAAUGAUUUAAAUAAAAUUAAUCCAAUGUAUCAAUUUUCAUUGAAAGCGUUUCGCAGUGUAUUUGAAGUGGCUAUGGAUAGAUCGGAAGCAUCUGAAGAUAUACAAACACGGGUUAAAAAUUUACUUGAUUCAAUUACUUAUUCUGUUUAUAUGUAUACAUCAAGAGGCCUAUUUGAAAAAGAUAAAUUAAUAUUUACUGCACAAAUGACAUUUCAAAUAUUAUCAGUAUCCAAUGAAAUCGAUCCAGUAGAAUUAGACUUUUUACUAAGAUUCCCAAUUAUACCGAAUUUAACAUCCCCAGUUGACUUUAUUACAAAUAAUGGUUGGGAUAUUGAAGGUUCAGCUAAACGCUGGAAAAAAUUAGUUGAAGGUGAAGCACCAGAAAAAGAGAAACUACCACAAGAAUGGAAAAGUAAAACACCAUUACAAAUAUUGUGCAUAUUCCGUGCUUUACGACCAGAUCGUAUGACCUAUGCUAUAACUGAUUUUGUUGGACAAAAACUAGGUCAAAAGUAUACCGAAGGUGGUGGUCUAUCAUUUGUCAAAUCAUUUGAAGAAUCUGGCCCAUCUAUACCAAUUUUCUUUAUAUUGUCUCCUGGUGUCGAUCCAUUGAAAGAGGUUGAAGCACUUGGUCGUAAACUUGGUUUUACUGGAGAUAAUCAAAAUUUUCACAAUGUUUCUUUAGGUCAAGGCCAAGAGGUUGUAGCAUCAAAAGCUAUGGAGUUGGCUUCAAAAGAAGGCCACUGGGUCGUAUUACAAAAUGUUCACUUAGUUGCUAAAUGGUUGCCAACGUUAGAGAAAUUAAUGGAAGAAGCUGCUGAAAAGGGACAUGCAAAUUAUAGAUUAUUUGUCAGUGCUGAACCAGCCGCUGAUCCAGAAUAUCAUAUUAUACCACAAGGUAUAUUAGAGAAUGCUAUCAAAAUCACAAAUGAACCACCAACUGGUAUGCAUGCUAAUUUACACAAAGCGUUAAAUAAUUUCAAUCAAGAUACACUUGAAAUGUGUAGUCGUGAGAAUGAAUUUAAAACAAUUCUAUUUGGUCUAUGUUAUUUUCAUGCUGUUGUUUGUGAAAGACGUAAAUUUGGUCCACAAGGUUGGAAUCGUAUAUAUCCAUUUAAUACAGGUGAUUUAACUAUCAGUGUCAGUGUAUUAUAUAAUUAUUUAGAAGCAAAUAGCAAAGUACCAUGGGAAGAUUUAAGAUAUUUGUUCGGUGAUAUCAUGUAUGGUGGGCAUAUUACAGAUGAUUGGGAUCGUCGUUUAUGUAAAACAUAUUUAGAAGAAUAUUUAGUGCCGGAAAUGUUAGAUGGUGAUCAUUGUUUAGCACCAAACUUUAAAACACCACAAAAUACAGAUUAUAAAGGUUAUCAUCAGUAUAUUGAUGAACUUUUACCACCAGAAUCACCGUACCUGUAUGGUUUACAUCCAAAUGCUGAGAUGGAAUUCCUAACAAAUACAUCAGAAAAACUGUUUCGUACUAUUUUUGAAAUGCAACCACGUGAUGCUGGCGCUGGUAGCGGUACAGGAAUAAGUAGAGAGGAGAAACUACAAAAUGUUCUCGAUGAAAUUAUUGAAAAAUUACCGGAAGAUUUUAAUAUGUUAGAAUUGCAAAGUAAAGUUCCACCGGAAGAACGUACACCAUAUGUUGUAGUUGCUUUUCAAGAAUGUGAACGUUUUAAUAUUUUAAUAAAAGAAAUGCGUAGAUCAUUAAAGGAACUAACACUUGGUUUAAAAGGUGAAUUGACUACAACACCAGAAAUGGAAGAGUUAGCUAAUUCACUUAUUAUAGAUAAUGUACCGGCUCAAUGGGAGAAACGAGCUUAUCCAAGUAUGUAUCCCCUUGGCAUCUGGUAUGCUGAUAUGCUGUCUAGAGUCAAAGAAUUAGAAGUUUGGACAAAUGAUUUUUCUUUACCUAAUACUGUUUGGCUAGGUGGAUUAUUUAAUCCGCAAUCGUUUUUAACAGCUAUUAUGCAACAGACAGCAAGAAAAAAUGAAUGGCCAUUAGAUCGUAUGGUACUUCAAUGUGAUGUAACUAAAAAGACAAAAGAUGAAAUGAGUGCACCACCAAGAGAAGGUGCCUAUAUAUAUGGUCUGUUUAUGGAAGGUGCUAGAUGGGAUAUACAAACUAAUAUGAUAGCUGAAGCUCGACUGAAAGAAUUAGCACCAAGUCUACCAGUGAUCUUUUUAAAAGCUAUACCUGUUGAUAGACAAGAUUUACGAAAUACAUAUGCUUGUCCAGUAUAUAAAACAAAACAACGUGGGCCUACUUAUGUAUGGACAUUUAAUCUGAAAACUAAAGAAAAACCAUCACGUUGGAUUUUAGGUGGUGUCGCCUUACUAUUACAAGUUUAA